CGGGCCUUCAACGGCACUGGAAAAAGUUCGUCGACGAACAUGGCGCUCAAGUUGAUCAAGCAAUCGCGAUGCUUUGGUGGUGUGGUCAAGCAGUUCUCCCAUGAGAGCACGACCACCCGCAGCACGAUGCAGUUCUGUGUGUUUCUUCCCCCGAAUGCGUCCGAGACUCAGAAAGUCCCGGUCGUAUACUUUCUCGCGGGCCUCACAUGCAACGACGAGUUGAUGCAAAUCAAAGCGGGAGCUCAACGUGUUGCCGCGGCACGAGGUAUCGCGAUUGUUACGCCGGACACGAGUCCCCGCGGAGUCGAGAUCGAAGGGGCGGACGAUGCUUGGGACUUUGGGUCUGCUGCUGGUUUCUAUGUCGAUGCGACGGAACCAAAGUGGGCGGCGCACUACAACAUGUACUCGUACGUGACGAAGGAACUCCCGUCCGUUGUAAAUGCCAAUUUGCCCAUUCUGGGCGACAAAGCGUCGAUCAUGGGGCACUCGAUGGGAGGUCACGGCGCAUUGACUCUCGCUCUCCGCAACCCCCAACUAUACAAGGCCGUGUCAGCCUUCGCGCCGAUUACGCACCCGACACAAUGUCCAUGGGGCAUCAAGGCAUUCACGGGGUAUCUGGGCACGGACCAGUCGGCGUGGAAGAACUACGACGCGACGCUGCUCUUGUUGGAGAAAGGAGCGGUCCCGGGACUCCACAUCUGGGUGGACCAAGGCACGGACGACCAAUGGCUCCAUGAGAAGCAGCUCCUCCCCGAAGCGUUCGAGGCGGCGUGCCAAAAGGUCGGCCAACCCUUGACGUUGCGCAUGCUCGAUGGCUACGACCACGGCUACUACUUCAUCCAAACCUUUAUCGAGGAACACUUGAACAACCAUGCCGAUGUGCUCUUCAAGUAGAGCUUGUAAAACGUCACCAAGAAAACCUUGGUUGGAUGGUUGCCACCAAUGACUCUGUGUGUUGUGGUGUUGAUGGGAACAGAUGUCCGAUCUCUGUACGCAA